CCAGUAUAAAUGGAUUUUGAAAUCAAUGAGUCCUUCAGUUGUUGCCUUACUUUCGACCAAAGAAAUCAUCGAAAGGGAACACUUGACCCAGCUUAAGACGAUAUGAAGACUCUACUUCUUGGAUUUUUCCUUCUUUCUCUCUCCACGUUGAGAGUGCAAUCGAAGCCACAAAUCACGAGACUGUUCCCGAUCCCAGAAGAAACGAGCACUCCGAGGCAAGAAACUAACACCGAGGCAAAACCACUGGAUAAGUUGCUCGGGAAAUUGCGAGCCACGUACAACUUCGUGUUUCGAAAGCCAGAGAACACGAGUAACGUGGAGAAAAUUUUGGCCAAGGAUACACCGAAUCCAGACGUCGAAGCGCUUAAAUUAAUCUGGUCCAAUCGAAUGCAAAAGAACUCGAAGGACAAAGAAGAUUCAGGAAAGAAGUCUGAAUUAAAAGUCACGUAUUUAGGAUCAUCAAACGAUGAUUGGGUAAACGAUAUUCGACCUUUGGAAGACUUAGAACCAUUGGAACCAUUGGAACUGCAGGAUGAAGUGGAAAAUGACAGAGACCGAGAAGUGGAGAUCGUCACACCGAGAACUGCUUUCCAGUUUCCGGUGACGCUCAGUCGUCAUCUUGUUGAUUGGCUUGGAUCACUUUUAGGAAUCACCUACGGUGUCUAUUCUAAAUUGGCUAGAGCUAUUUAUACCAAUAAUACGAUACGUGUUAAUUAAUUAUAAUUAACGAUGGCUUAUUAAUUAUAAGGAACAUGUAUUAUACCGCUUGGAUGGACUUUCAUUUGUAUUAAAAGAUUAUUGAGAAGUAAAA